AUGUGUUUGUUUGUGUUUGAAAAAUUUUGUUGCGAUUUGAAUCAUUUUUUGUGAUUCGUGUUUUGAUUUUGUUAACCCGGCACAAGCUAAGAACUCGUUCAGGGGCAUACGCCGGAAAACAAACCACCAUUGAAUCAUUAUUAAUAUGGAAUAUCUUAAAACUUUAGCACUUGCUAGAAUUUACCAUUAUAGAAUUUUCUUCAAAACUCCAGUCUGUUUUUUGCAUUCACAUUCUCUGUCAUCAGGCUCAUCCAAGUAUGUCCAGCCAAUGAUCUUAACAACUGAAAAAAAGAGGACUUCAUUUUCUAAUAUAUUGCUUAAUUAUGGAUUUAGUAAAGGACAAGUUGACCAUAUAUUAAAUUCCCCAGCUGGAAUUUUGGGCUUAAGUGAGAAAAAUUUAUCUACUAAUUUGAUGAAUUGGUACACUUUUGAAAUCAAUGAAAAAUUUUUUACUUCUUUGACAGCUAAUGCAGAACUUUUAACAUUAGCUCCCACUUAUGUAAACAAUCGAUUUAAAGAAUUGAUGACUCUUUUCACUAAAAAGGAUAUCAAUAAAUUACUUGUUACAUGCCCUAAAGUUUUCUUGGAUGAUUUUGUCACUGUCCAAGAAAAAGUUCAGUAUAUUGUGAGUAACAUGCAAGUUGAACAAAAAAGCAUUGUCAAAACAUAUGCAUUACAAUUUGAUUUGUAUCACAUAAAAUGUAGGCACAUUUUCCUUUGUAGGUCUGGUCAUUUCAAGCGUGUUAAGAAAAAAGAGAAAUCAAAGAAUCCACCUUUGGACAAAGUUUUCAGCAGAAAUGUUGAAACAUUUUUAAAACUUUCUAAGUUAACAGAAGAAGAAUUUGUAGCAUUCUGUGAUGUGUAUGAGCAUGAAGAAAAAGAUUUACAAAAUAAAAUCAGACUUCAACUAGAUGAAGAAGAGGAGGAUGAUAUCUGAAAGAAGGGGGAAUUGUAUUAAAUUAUUUCUGAUAAAAAAACAUAGAAAAUAUAUUUUUUUCAAACAUUGCUCAAUUCCAUUAAUAAAUUUAUUAUAUGCUUUAUGUAAAGAAGUGAACCCUUUCAUCAUCAAUUUGUAGAAGUUUAUAAGGAAUAAAUCAGAAAUAUUUGAUGAUGGAAUAAAAUACUGUGGAGCCUUUUUUUUAAAAAAAUUGGAAAUUCGAUUAAAAUUAUUUAUAUAUAUAUAUAGAAAUUAUGCUG